AGGAGGAGGAGCUGGAGGAGAAGAAAUCCAUCAAAAAAAGAAUCAAAGAACUGAAAGUCUUGGAUCCAAAGAUAGCACAGAAUCUGUCAAUUUUUCUGGGUUCCUUUCGGAUACCAUAUCAAGAAAUCAAAAGGAUGGUUUUGGAAGUGGAUGAAGAAAAACUGACAGAGCCUAUGAUUCAGAAUCUGGUAAAGCAUCUCCCUGAGCAGGAGCAGCUGAGUGCCUUGGUUCGCUUUAAAAAUGAAUAUCCUAGCCUGUCUGAACCAGAGCAGUUUGGCGUGGUGAUGAGUGGUGUGAAGAGACUGCGGCCACGGCUCAAUGCCAUUCUCUUUAAACUGCAGUUUGAGGAGCAGGUGAACAACAUCAGACCUGACAUCAUGGCGGUUAAUGCUGCCUGCGAAGAGAUAAGGAAGAGUAAAAGCUUCAGCAAGUUGCUGGAGCUGGUUUUGCUGAUGGGAAACUACAUGAACUCCGGCUCCCGAAAUGCUCAGUCUUAUGGCUUCGACCUCAGCUCCCUGUGCAAACUCAAGGACACAAAAUCAGCAGACCAGAAACAAACUUUGCUGCAUUUCCUGGCUGAAAUAUCCGAGGAAAAGUUUCCUGAUGUGCUGAAGUUUGUGGAUGACUGGCAACACAUCGACAAAGCCAGCAGAGUAUCGGCAGAAAACCUUGAGAAGAACCUUAAGCAGAUGGAGCGACAGCUUCUACAGCUUGAAAAGGAUUUGGAGACCUUUCCCCCUACAGAGGACAUGCAUGACAAGUUUGUGACAAAGCUGUCCAGCUUCUCCAAGCAGGCCAGGGAGCAGUAUCAGAAGCUGGUUGUUAUGCAUAAUAACAUGGGUACGUUUUACCAGAACCUGGUGGAGUAUUACGCCAUUGACUCAAAGAAGACCUCAGCUGAAGAGUUAUUCACCGACUUGAGCAACUUCAGAUCUAUGUUUAUGCAAGCAGUGAAGGAGAACGUGAAAAGGAGAGAAGCUGAGGAGAAGCAGAGACGUGUCAAAAUCGCAAAAGAGAAGGCAGAAAGGGAGAAGCUGGAGAGGCAACAGAAGAAGCAGCAGCGUUUGCUGGAAAUGAACACUGAGAGUGAUGAGACAGGAGUGAUGGAUUGUCUGCUGGAGGCCCUGCAGUCAGGUGCUGCAUUCAGAGACCGGAGGAAGCGUCCACCCAGGCCUAAAGUGUGGCUGUCUUGA